AUGGAUCCUCUUAGUCCCCUCUCCACUAGAAUUCCCGCUGCUGCCGCUCUUCCUUUGCUUCGAAUCGUCUUUGCCAGUGGGGAGUCUCCACUGCUGUUGCUCCCCCGUUUCCACUCCCCUUCCGCCAACUCGCGUACCUACUCCGCUCAUCCCCUUCCACCCUGCGAUAUUGACCGCUUAGCUGCGCCAUAUGCGCAGCAGCAAGCGCUGGAUUGCGCGCAAGGGACUCCGUGUUCAGGUUAUACCUCUGCGCUACCCGCGCUUACCGCGGGUACCGCAUCAGGGAGGUGGGAGCUUAGUCAAGAUGAGCAGCCGCAGCAGCAGCAGCAGCAGCAGCAGCAGCAGCAGCAGCAGCAACAACAGCCGAACACCGGUGUUGUCGCAGCCGCUAGCAGCAGCACGAUCGUUCUUCCCUUCGCCUCGCGCCCUGCAGCAGCAGCGGGGUUGAUCGCAUCGUCAGCUUCCGCAGCUGCUACCGCCGCCGCCAACGCCGCCUCUGUCGCCCUCCGGGUUUCCCGCGGCUUCUCCGCUCACGCUCAACCAGCGGUUGCGCAGGUCCGGUCGAUGGAAUCUCCGCUUAUGAGCAGCGGAGCGGCCUUUACGGCCGUCAGCAGGGAUGGCGGAGCGAGGCCAGCAUUGGCAGCCGCCCCCGCUGCUUCCGCCUCCGCUAACCGCGGAUCGCCCGCUGCUACCGCUUCCGCCGGCUCCUCAGGGGGAGCGGUGGCGGAGGUCGAGUUGUAUCCAAGUCCGCUGCAGCGCAACCCCGCAUACGCACACGUGGAGACGUUCUUCGUGGAGGAGGAUCAGGUGGUGAGUCGCGACGUCAUCACGUCCAUCAACAACAUCGGCACUGGAGUCUUCUUCCGCAAAGCCGGCCCCAGAGAAAAGAUCGUGUUCCACCCGGACGAGGUGCGCGCGGCGAUCGUGACGUGCGGCGGGCUGUGUCCGGGCAUCAACACGGUCAUCCGCGAGCUUGUGUGGGGGCUCUGGUUCCAGUACGGCGUGCGCGACAUCCUCGGGAUUGACGGCGGGUACCGAGGGAUCUACUCGCGCAACGUGGUGUCGCUGAACCCCAAGGUGGUCAACGACAUUCACAAGCGCGGCGGCACGUUCCUGGGCACGUCGCGCGGCGGGCACGAGGUGAACAAGAUCGUCAACGCGCUGGAGGACCGCGGUAUCAACCAGAUCUAUGUGAUUGGAGGGGAUGGCACGCAAAGAGGCGCCGAGAAAAUCCACGAGGAGAUAGCAGCGCGCGGGCUGAAGGUGACGGUGGCGGGCAUCCCGAAGACAAUAGACAACGACCUGGCGCUGAUAGACAAGUCGUUUGGCUUCGACACGGCCGUGGAGGAGGCUCAGCGCGCCAUCAACGCCGCACACGUGGAGGCCAGCUCCGUGCACAAUGGCGUGGGGCUCGUCAAGCUCAUGGGGCGCUUCUGCGGUCAAAUUGCCAUGCAUGCAACACUUGCCAGCCGAGACGUGGACUGCUGCCUCAUUCCCGAGGUGCCGUUCCACCUGGCUUGCAACCCCCACUGCGCCCCAUCAACCCCCCACUGCUGCCCCACUGCCUCUGCCCCUUUUCCCCACCCCACCGUACCGCACAGGACUGCUGCCUCAUGCCCGAGGUGCCGUUUCACCUGGAGGGCGACGGCGGGCUGUUUGAGUUCUUCAAGCGCUGCCUUAUCCCCUGCCGCUCCCCCACGGCCUCUGCCCCAACCCCUCCUUUCCCCAACCCUCUGCCCCCACUCACAGGACUGCUGUCUCAUUCCCGAGGUGCCGUUCCACCUGGAGGGCGACGGCGGGCUGUUUGAGUUCCUCAAGCGGCGCCUGCGGGAGAGUGGCCAUGCCGUGCUCGUGGUGGCGGAGGGCGCGGGGCAAGACAUCAUGGCAGAGGCUCUAGAUCUCCAGCUCUCCCCCUCUGGUUCCUCCUCGCACUCUCCGUUCUCCUCGUCCUUUGCUGCGUCGGCGCCCUUCCCGUCGGCGUCCUCGCCGAGUGCGCUCGCAGGAAUGGGGGGCGGCGGCGGGAUGGGCAUGGGCAUGGGCAUGGACGGGAUGGGGGGAGGGGGGACGGCGGCGGUGACGGCGGCGGCUGUGGCGGCGGCUGCGGGGGGUAUGGCGACGGCGGCAGGGGGGAUGGCCAGGAGAGGGCUGACUGACGAGUCGGGGAAUGCGAGACUGAUGGAUAUUGGGCUGUGGCUGUCCCAGCAGAUCAAGGCACAUUUUGCCAAGUCUCGCAUAGAGCUCAACCUCAAAUACAUUGACCCCACGUACAUGAUUCGAGCGGUGCCGGCGAAUGCGAGUGACAACAUCUACUGCACGCUGCUGGCACACAGCGCCAUCCACGGCUCCAUGGCAGGCUUCACUGGCUUCACCGUCGGCCCAAUCAACGGCCGCCACGCCUACAUCCCCAUCAAGUGUGUCUCGGAGAAGAGCAACACAGUGUCUCUCACGGACCGCAUGUGGGCGCGGCUGCUGUCGUCCACGAGCCAGCCCACGUUCCUCCGCUACGACGACCACCACCUGCACCACCAGCAGCGCCUGCUGCAGGCGCAGCAAGAGCACCGCCAGGCGCUGCGCGAGAGGGAGGGCGAGGAGGAGGGAAGGCUGCUCGGGCCGAGCAGGAGGGAUCAGAUCAGCGAAAUGGAGGGCGGGCGGGGCAUGGGCGGGGGUGGGGGGUGGGGGGGGAGAUGA